AUGGCCUUACCGAGCUCUGAGGGCGCGGCCGACAGGCCGGUAUCCCCGGCCCCAGGGGCCCCUGCCGGCUCGGCGUCGUCGUCGUCCGCCUCCUCCUGUGGCUCGGCCUCGGCGGGCGCGGGGCUGUGGGCCGCGCUGUACGACUACGAGGCGCGCGGCGAGGACGAGCUGAGCCUGCGGCGCGGCCAGCUGGUGGAAGUGCUGUCCCAGGACGCCGCCGUGUCCGGCGACGAGGGCUGGUGGGCCGGCCAGGUGCAGCGGCGCCUGGGCAUCUUCCCCGCCAACUACGUGGCGCCGUGCAGCCCGACCGCUCUACCAGCACCGCCGCCCGCCCGCUCGCCACCGCGGCCCGGCUCUCCCGUGCACGUCGACUUCGAGCGGCUGGAACUCAAGGAACUCAUCGGCGCCGGCGGCUUCGGGCAGGUAUACCGCGCCACCUGGCAGGGCCAGGAGGUGGCGGUGAAGGCGGCCCGGCGGGACCCGGAGCAGGACGCGGCGGCGGCAGCCGAGAGCGUGCGGCGGGAGGCACGGCUCUUCGCCAUGCUGCGGCACCCCAACAUCAUCGAGCUGCGUGGUGUGUGCCUGCGGCAGCCCCACCUCUGCCUGGUGCUCGAAUUCGCCCGCGGAGGAGCGCUCAACCGCGCACUGGCCGCCGCCAACACCGCCCCGGAUCCGCGCGCCCCCGGCCCGCGCCGCGCGCGCCGCAUCCCUCCGCACGUGCUGGUCAACUGGGCGGUGCAGAUCGCGCGCGGCAUGCUCUACCUGCACGAGGAGGCCGUGGUGCCCAUCUUACACCGGGACCUCAAGUCCAGCAACAUUUUGCUGCUUGAAAAGAUAGAGCACGAUGACUUCUGCCAUAAAACGCUGAAGAUAACGGACUUCGGGCUGGCGAGAGAGUGGCACCGGACCACGAGGAUGAGCGCAGCCGGCACCUACGCCUGGAUGGCCCCGGAGGUCAUCAAGUCCUCCUUGUUUUCUAAGGGCAGCGACAUCUGGAGCUAUGGCGUUCUGCUGUGGGAGCUGCUCACGGGAGAAGUCCCCUAUCGAGGCAUCGAUGGCCUCGCCGUGGCCUACGGGGUGGCGGUCAACAAGCUCACCUUGCCCAUCCCAUCCACCUGCCCGGAGCCCUUCGCCAAGCUGAUGAAAGAAUGCUGGCAGCAAGACCCUCACGUCCGCCCAUCGUUCCCCCUAAUUCUUGAGCAGCUGACGGCUAUCGAAGGGGCCGUGAUGACUGAAAUGCCUCAGGAAUCUUUUCAUUCCAUGCAAGACGACUGGAAGCAGGAAAUUCAACAAAUGUUCGAUGAGCUGAGAACAAAGGAAAAGGAGCUGCGGUCCCGCGAGGAGGAGCUGAGCCGAGCGGCCCUGCAGCAGAAGUCGCAGGAGGAGCUGCUGAAGCGGCGGGAGCAGCAGCUGGCAGAGCGCGAGAUCGACGUGCUGGAGCGCGAGCUCAACAUCCUCAUAUUCCAGCUGAACCAGGAGAAGCCCAAGGUCAAGAAGAGGAAGGGAAAGUUCAAGAGAAGUCGCUUAAAGCUCAAAGAUGGACAUCGGAUCAGUUUACCCUCAGAUUUCCAGCACAAAAUAACCGUGCAGGCGUCUCCCAACCUGGACAAACGGAGGAGCCUGAACAGCAGCGGCUCCAGCCCGCCCAGCAGCCCCACGGUGAUCCCUCGGCUCCGGGCCAUACAGUUGACUUCAGAUGAAAGCAAUAAAACUUGGGGACGGAACACGGUCUGUCGACAAGAAGAAUUUGAAGACGUAAAAAGGAAUUUCAGGAAAAAAGGUUGUACCUGGGGACCAAAUUCAAUUCAAAUGAAGGAAAGAACUGACUGCAAAGAAAGAAUAAGACCUCUCUCAGAUGGCAACAGUCCGUGGUCAACUCUCUUAAUAAAAAAUCAGAAAACCAUGCCAUUGACGUCACUCUUUGUGGACCAGCCAGGUGCUUGUGAAGAACCAAAACCCCCUGCGGAUGGAUCAGAGCACAGAAAACCGAAGCAGACCAGACUGCCCGGCCCAGCCUACGUGGAGCCGCCUCUGGGCAGAGAGGGCCAGAGAGAGAACCCUCUGGAAGCUGAGAGCUGGGAGGAGGCCGCCUUGGGCAGCCUUGCCGCCGGCACUCCCCCGGUGACCCCCAGCGGCAGUCUGAGCAGGUCCCCGAGAAGGAGAACGGAGUCCGCCCUGUACGGCUGCACCGUGCUGCUGGCCUCGGUGGCUCUGGGCCUGGAUCUGAGAGAGCUGCCGCGCCCGCAGGCGGCGGAGGAGCCGGGGCCCAGGGAAGAACGGAGGAAACGCGAGGGGCUCCUGCCGCGGGCGCCCAGGCCCCGCGCAGCCGAUCGCCCCCGGCCGCCGGCCGCCAGCGAGGGGCCCCGCAGCCCGGCCUCGCUGCCCUCGCCCGGCGCCCUGGGCCUGCCAUCGAGGCCUUCCCCCUCCACAAGGUGCUUGCUGCGGGCGGAGGGCGCGGACUCGCUCGAGGGCAGCGCACGCGGCACUCGGGACCUCGAUGCGCCCGCUGGGGCGCCCUGCCCCGCCUCUGGAAGAGGCUGUCCCGAGGCACCCUCCCCGCUGAGAUGGGAGGCCGAUCGCGGUGUGUGGAGACACCCCUGUCCGCUGGCCUCUGAGCAGACCCGUGGGCACGCGCCUCCCUGCGCUUCUUCCAAGGAAAGAGCAGCGCGUCACCGGCGGACCCUGUCUGACGGCAGUGCCUCUCUGGCCCCAGGUAGGGCACGCUUAUUAUCUGGCCCCACGGGAGUCCCUGCGCUGGCUCCUGAGAAGGCGUGGGGGCUGCCUCUCCCGCCCCCCUGUCCUCACAGCAACCCACCGAGGGAGGCUCCACCUGGAAGACAAAGAACUGUCACCGCCGUGUCUCUGCCCCGCGCCCCACCCCUGAGAGGCCCAUCGGAUGCCCCCCAGGCCCCUGCAGGGAGAACAGAGCCUCGGCCGGCACAGGCCCACCCUGGCCUGCGGGGCGCAGGGCUGACCCCUCACUGUUCCCUCGGUACCACGGACAGAAAUAUACUCCAUGUGCCUUCCUUGCUGGACGCUGACAUGGAGGGCCAGAGCCGGGACUACACGGUGCCUUUGUGCCGGAUAAAGGGUGGAAGGAGCCGGCCGUCCAUCUACCAACUGGAGAAGGAAUUCUUGUCUUAAGUGCCUUAUUGUUGUUCAAGCAUUUCUUUCUUUUUUUUUUUU